UGCUUAUCGUUGGUAAUUCGCUUACUUUUGACUGAAUUUCUCCAAUAAGCAUCGGCGAUCACCAUAUUCUUCUGUGGUUACAUAAUAUAGAGUGCAUAAAACGAAGUUAAAGAAACGAUCACAAGUGGCGCUGUUGCAUUGAAUGUUCUACAAUGGUGGCUUUGGUCUACCGUUUAUUUCGUAAUAAGUUUGUUUAAAAGAGGUUUUCGAAAAUUCUGUGUGUAUUCAUUGUUCCACCGAUUCUUUUGUAUGAACGUGACCGGCGGUAGUGAUGUCCACGUACACAUUCUCACAGAAGGUACUUACAUCCAUACCUCCGGAGAAAGGUAGUUUUCCACUCGAUCAUGAGGGUGUCUGCAGAAAGCUUAUGAUCAAAUAUAUGCGUUGUUUGAUCGACAAUAAGAACGAAAACACAAUGUGUCGAAAUGUUAUAAAGGAUUACCUUGGUUGUCGGAUGGAUAAUGAGCUUAUGGCGCGAGAAGAUUGGUCUAAUCUCGGUUUUUCUGAUGAGGUCAAGGAGACAUAACAGCAGCGAUUUAUUACUAAUCGAUUGUCGCGACGUUGUAGAUCACCGCUCUUAUCACUUGGCUGGUAUUUAUGA